GGUUUAGUUUUUCGUUACUACGCAAUGUCUGAAGAACAGGUUAAAGUAGCUGUUCGCAUAAGGCCUUUCACCAAAAGAGAAAGAGAGCGGAAUGCAGAGUUGAUUGUGUCCAUGAAUGGCAAUACAACAACGAUUAGGCACCCUGAAAAUCAAAAGGAUAUUAAACAGUUUACAUUUGAUUAUUCAUAUUGGUCACACGAUGGUUUUAAAACUGAAGCUGGUGGUGUACUGGUACCGGAUGGAAAAAAUUCAACAUAUAUCAGCCAACAACGUGUUUUUGAUGAUUUGGGUCGUGGUUUACUCGAAAACGCAUUCGGUGGAUAUUCCUGUUCAUUAUUCGCCUAUGGACAAACAGGUUCUGGAAAGUCUUUUUCCAUGAUUGGCUAUGGACCUAAUAGAGGCAUUGUACCAAUCAUAUGUGAGGAGCUAUUUGACAAGAUUGGCAAGAAUAAAGAUCCAGAUAAAAAAUUUCAAGUUACCUUAACUAUGAUGGAAAUAUAUAACGAACAAAUACGUGAUUUAUUAGCAAGAGAUAAAUCGCCUCAAACGAAUUUACAAGUUAGACAAUCACCAGUUCAAGGAUUCUAUGUGCAAGGUUUAACACAGGUACCAGUUGGAUCAUAUGGUGAAAUCGAACAAAGAAUGAGUCAAGGUACUGCGCGUAGAACUGUAGCGGCAACAAAUAUGAAUGAAACUAGUAGCAGAGCUCAUACUAUUAUUACGAUAACAUUUGAUCAACUUAUUGGUUGUGAAGAGUCAAAAAUAUCAAGAAAACGUUCAGUAAUAAAUUUAGUUGAUUUAGCAGGUUCUGAACGAGCUGAAAGCACAGGAGCAACUGGUGACCGUUUAAAAGAAGGUGCGAAAAUCAAUCGUUCGUUAUCAGCACUGGGUAAUGUGAUAUCUGCAUUAGCCGAAAAUAAGAAGGUUAUUCCUUAUCGUGACUCAAUACUUACUAAACUACUACAAAACGCUCUAGGUGGAAAUAGUAAAACGGUUAUGAUUGCAGCAAUAUCUCCAGCAGAUGUUUAUUAUGAUGAAACAUUAUCAACUUUACGUUACGCAGAUCGAGCCAAACAGAUUAAAAAUACAGUUUUGAUUAAUGAAGAUCCAAUGGAAUCAUUAAUUCGUGACUUAAAAGCAGAAAAUGAACGUCUGAAGAAAGCUUUGAACUCUACUGAAUUACCUUCAUCAGUUGUUGUAAAAGAUCUAACACCGAAAGAAAUAGAGGAUCUUAAAAACCGAAUGCGUAAAGAAAUAAUGGAACAGAUGGAAAUUAAUCUUGCUGCAAUGGAAGCCCAGAACCAAGCUGCAUUUGAAGAGAAAUUACGACAAGCUCGAUUAGAAAUAACUCAGCAAACAAUUGAACUUCCUAAAAAAUCAGGUGACUCACAUGCUUCGAAAAAAUCGAAACCGUACUUGUCGAAUUUGAAUGAAGAUCCACAAUUAUCUGGAAUCAUUAUUCACGUUUUAUCUCAUAAACAAACAGGAAUUGGACGUGAACCUCCGAUUGAGUCACAAUCUAAUGAAAAAUCUUCCAAAACUUAUUGGAUUCAAAUGAAAGGUUUAUGCAUGGUUGAUGAACAUGCUUUAUUAAUAAGGCAUGGAAAAACUGGUGCCGUAGUGGAAUUACGCGCUUUACCAAAUGCUGUUAGAAUGACGAAAGUGAAUGGUGUUCCUGUGAAAAAUUCUGUUACACUUCAUCAUAAGGAUCGUAUAUUAUUUGGCUCACAUCAACUAUACAUAUUUCACAAUCCAUUAUCAAAAGAAUUUGCUGAUGAGUUAAAAUCUGGUAUGGAACCAGAGAUCAUUGACUGGGAAUUUGCACAACGUGAAUUAGCUCAAGCUACGGGUUUUGAACAAUUUAGUAAUAAACCUAGAAAGAAGGAAGAAGCAAUAUUGCAACAACAAUUACUUGAGCUAUUACCGAUGGUAAAUGAGGCUAACGCCAUAGCAGAUGAAUUGAAUAAACAAAGAACAUUUGAAGUAAUUUUACUGCCACCAACUGCACAAGCUUUGAAAUACGGUGAAUUAAAGCGUACAAAAGUUAUGGUUCGCAUGAAAUGCACAAAUACAGGUCAAAUGUGUUUGUGGGAAAGAGAAAAAUUCAUGACACGAAGAUUUUUAAUGCAGGAUAUGUAUCAAAAAAGUUUAAAUAAUCAACUAGAAGAUUAUUUACAGGAAUCUGAUCCAUUUUGGGAGCCAUUAGAAGAUUUAUUUAUUGGUAUAGCACCAGCGUUUCUACGUGCGUUAGCUUAUCGUCUGGAUGUAGAUGAAGAAGUAAAAAUUAUGGAUUUCAUUGGCGAUGAGUUAGGAACUAUUAAUGUAAAAUUAAUACCUUGUUCGGCAUCUAAUUCGAAAUCCCCGUUACCGUCCGAUAGUACUUCUAACAAAAAAGAUGAUGUAACGUUUAUUGAAGACCCUAGACAAUUGAUUGGGAAACCAUACAGUUUCAAGGUAAAACAAAAUAAACGAAGAUAUACAGUAUAUUAUCGUAUAUUUAAAGAAUCAGAAUUAACAACUGCCACGAUGGAACCUAACAAAUUACAUACACGAUUAUAUUCAAUAGAUGAAAUCACACAUGAACAUUUAGACUAUUUUCAUUCAGAAUUUAUAUGUUUCAUGAUUUAUUGUUCACAAUUGGAAAAUGAUGUGAAAAAAACUUUCCAUGAUUAUUCACCUACACAGUUAUUUCCAAGACGUUAUUCCCACUUAUCAGUCGAAGAAUUGGAUGAUAUCAGCAAAUUGAAAACAGAGUUAACUAUUUUGCAAAGAGGAUUGGAUUCAUUUUUGAAAAAAGAUAAACAACUAGAUAAACUGUAUGAAUCCUGGGCAAACAAAUCUUCAUCAGUUGUUAACUUCAAACUAUUGUUAGAGGAUAUCCGCAACUUGGUUAACAUGAAAAUUCCUACUAAUUUAUUAACUGCAUUAGAAAAGAAAACUGUGAGUUUUUUUUAUGGUCAUUCGUUAUUUAAGAAAGAAACAGUACAUUUAAUGUUUUAA